GAGUUUUACCGAAGCUUCCCGAGAGCCUCCGAGUUCAAACGGUCCACAAAGCCGACAUCAGCCGAAACUCGCCAGUUACUCCCGAGCCAGUCCCAUUGAAGUGUGUUGUUGGGGGUGAUGGGGAGGACGAGAUUCAUGAAAUAAAUAGGGCUUAAAAAAAAAAAAAAAAGACUAUUUCCAGAAAGCUUCCCUCCUGAGCCCCUCCCUCUCCGCUGCUUUUCGGCUUUUCGGCUUGGCAAAGAGACGCACUCUUCAGGAUGAAAGCAAUCAGCUCUGCAGUGCUCAGCGCCCUGUUCUGCACCGUUGUGUCAGCAUCUUCAAAAGUCAAAGAGGAGCACAGGACAGCCUUCUUUGGGGAGGACAUUCACAUCGCUGUCCCGCCUGGGAACGUCGGCGAGGUGGUGUUCAAGCCCAGAACAGAUGUCCUCGCUGAGGUGGAUCUGAUGCGAGAAGGAAAGGUGGUGAAUCCCCGGUGCCGCAUCAACUCUCUGGGCCACCUGGUGCUGGAGGACGUGAAGGAGGAGGACGAGGGCGUGUAUGUCAUCAAGACCACCAACAACUCCAACACAGCCAAGCACCUCAUCCUCAUUGUCCGAGACUGCGCAGUGGAACAAGUGGUGAAGUACGGAGAAACUUACACCAUCCAUCUCAACCAAGUGGAGGGCCCCAUCACCCUGGAGUUCAGGCCAAGUCUGGUUCAGCCCAAUCAGACUGAGGUCCAUCAUGCAAUGGAUGAGUCUCCAUCCGUGGUGCUGUACAACCAGACGGCGGUGACUGCAGAGGAGUAUGUGAGGCGCCUCAGCGUGUCAGAGAAACGGGUGACACUGCACCCUGUCAGGAUGACGGACGAGGGGAGCUUUACGGUGCUGGACCGGGAGGGCAAAGUGAGGAGGAGGAACUGUCUGAACGUCAGAGCGCACCAGAUCUUCAUGAAACUCGCCUAUGGAGCAAACCUGAAUAUGAAACUCUACCUUCAUUACUCCAACCUUAACAUCGUCUACAUGCCCAAAUCAGACAACCGGCCCCGUGUCAUCCUGGACCAGGGGGUUCUGGUGACCCAUCUGGACCCCAUGCUGGAGGGCAGGCUGACCGUGGAGGGAUCGGAGCUCAUGAUGAAGAAACUCCAUGUGGCCGACAUCGGUGUCUUCAUGGUGACCGACCUGGAUGGGUUGCUUGUGGCUCAUGUUUACGUCGAGGUGGAAUCCUAUAAGCUGCCUCCGCUGACUGUAGCCAUACUCUCCCUGCUGGGCCUGAUCGCCUUCAUGCUGCUGGUCUGCCUGCUGUCCUGUCUCUUUAAAAUGCACAAAAGGAACGAGAAGAACAAGAAGCUGAUGCUCCUCGCUCAGCAGGGCAGCAAGGGAGACGGCGAUGCUUUCAGACAGGUGGUCCAUGAAGCAUACACAAGGUUUGCUGAGGAGUCUCUGAUGCAGUCUGUGAGUGAUAAGACCCCGGACACCACAGAGGUCACCAUCAAGGGCCUCGAGGUGUCCAAACCAGGACGCUACCAGGCUCUGACCUCGGACAACUUCCUGGAGAUGAGCGACUCUGGGGUGGAGUUCAGUCACUCGGGCCUCCCGCUGGACAGCGACACUGACGGUGCCAUGACCUACGCCUCCCACAAGCCCCUUCUGAACGCCAUCUCCCCGACAGCCGUGACGGCGGGAGUUUUCUCGGACAGCCUGGAGGCCACCCUGACCACCCACGGCGAUCUCACCGCCAGCCGGACCCCCGACUCCGUCCUCAGUGCCAGCCCUGCCUCAAAUCCUCGCUCGCUCGCCGCUGCCACCCCAGACGGCAGCAUCGGCGGGGCCGCGUCGCCCGGAGCCGCCUCUAGGGGCACCGCGGGGUCGGAUUCAACCAAGACAGAAGGAGGGGCUGAGGGUGAAGAGGCGGGGCAGAAGGAGGAGGGAUCAUCUCCGAGCACCUGAGAGGAUUCACCGGUCUAUUUUUUUAAUCUCGUUGCCCUAACCCUAUACAGAUAGACAUCUACACCCUCUCUGGCUCUGCGUUCCCAGGAACUCCACCAUAUCCAAACAUCACCAAGUCCUCGAUCACUGCAUCUGAAACACAAUCACAGACUAAAUACUCACGCUUGGAUCAGUUAAGAUUCAGUUAAGCCCAAAAGAAAAUAACAAAAAUGGGGCGGCUGCACAAAAUGUAUGGCACUAAACGGGAUGCAAAAGACAAACCCCCCGCUCAGUCAAAAGAAGAACAAAGCAAUUCUGUGCAUCUGGAAACAUGCAUGCAUUUAAAUUAGCGUAGUUAUUGUAGUUCAGAUCUGCAGAAAAUGCUGACCUUAGAGUAGAUCGACUGCAUGCAGGCUUCUGUUGGUCC